AUGGACAACUUCUCGAUGUAUGGGCAAACAUACAAAGUCUGUUUCAAUAAUCUAGAGAAGAUACUAAGGAGAUGUGAAGAGACGAACCUUGUGCGGAACUGGGAGAAGUGCCACUUCAUGGUAAAGGAAAGUAUUGUGCUUAGGCACAAAGUCUCCAAGAAGGGGCUGGAGGUGGAUAAGGCGAAGAUUGAGGCGAUCAAAAAGCUCCCACCUCCAGUAAAUGUGAAGGUUGUCAGGAGCUUCUUAGGACAUGCAGGCUUUUAUCGACGUUUUGUGAAGGACUUUUCAAAGACUGUGCGACCAUUGAGUGUGUUGCUGGAGGCAGAAAGAACAUUUGACUUUGAUGAACAAUGCCUCAAUGCAUUCAAGAUAUUGAAGAACACAUUAAUAAUUGCACCUGUGUUAGUCCCAUCGGACUGGACGAGCCAUUUGAAUUGA